AUGGCAGCGCCCAAAGCCCAAAAGCCGCCCGCCCGUCCGCCCGCCUCCACCGCCGCCCGCUCCACCCACUCGCCCGUCAUGCCCGCGCUGAUGCCGAUGCCGAUGCCGAUGCCGAUGCCGCCGCCCCCCGCGGUGCCGCACGCCGAGGGCGUGAACGGCAAGAAGAAGAAAAAGCGCAAGGGCAAGGGCAAGGCCCACCCGGACGACGACGCCCUCGCUCCGCCCCCGUCUUCGUCGCCGCCCGACCGCGAGCACGAGGAAGACGAGGGCGCGGGCGCGCUCGAUCCCGACGCGCUCGACCCCCGCUAUGCCUAUGCCCGCGGUCACGCACACGGCCACGGCCACGACGGCCACGACCAUGGCCACGACCACGACCACGCGCACGCGCACGACCACGACCACGACCACGGCCACGAUCAUGGCCCCGGCGAGGUGGACGCAACGGCAGCGGUGACGCGGCAGAGCGCGACGGCCGCCGCGCAGGCGGAGCUGCUGGCGACGGCGAACGAGCUCUACCGGCGGAUGGACGCGGACCCCGCGGGGGGGCUCGCGGCGGACGACGAGUACUGGGCGUCGCUGCCGGCGCACAUACGCAACUUUGUACGGACCACUUACUCUCAGACGGGUUCAGGUGGUAACGAGCGGGCAAAGGCGCAGGCUAUGUAUGCGAUCGCGCAGCAAAUGGUGGGGGACGCCAAGACGCACGGACACGGACACGGCCACGGCCACGGACGGGACGGGGGGCUGGUCGGCGUUGGUGUCGGGGUCGGGGUCGGUGUAGGUGUCGGGGUUGGGGUAGGGGUGGAGGUCGGGGUCGGGGUGACGGGGGCGCCGGCGGGGUGGACGGGCCAGCUGCAGCUGCCUGUGGACCCGUCGAUCUUCUCGGACGCGGCGUUCCACCUGGCGAUGGAGCAGGACGCGAACGGGCGGCUGGACGGACCCGGGCAGCCGCCGCGGAGCCCGCUGCCAUUGCCGGAUGACGUUGUGCUGGUGGACGAGGACGGUGAGGGCGAGGGUGAGGGCGAGGGCGAGGGGGACGAGUACGACAGCGAGGACGAGGUGGACGAGAACGUGCGGGACGCGGACGGGCUGGCUGCGGUGCGGCGGGCGGUGGCGGCGGAGACGGCGGCAUCGCAGGCGGCGAUGGCGGCGGCGGCAGCGGCGGGGUCGGAGGAGGAGCGGACGGGGCCGGGACGGAACGAACGAAAGGGGAAGGACGGGGCGGGGUCCGGGCCGGUAGUUCGCACGGGGGUGGGCGGGGCGACGGUGGCGGGGAUGGUUCCGGUUCCGGGAGAGAUGGCCAGCGUGAUGUCGGCCGCGCGCGUCGUCAACCCCGCCCUCAACCCGCCCUCGUCCCGCGCAGCAGGCAAGCAGCCCAUGAACUACGCCCAGCAGCCCCAGCCAGCACACCCCCCGCGCACGACGCCCACAACAGCGACCACCCCCACCACCGCGCGCGCGGCCUCAAAAGCUCCCCUCGAGGUACUGUACGAUGCUUAUUACGAGGAGCUAGAACAGUACGCGAACUACCAGCAGCGCUACGUGUCCUCCGGCGGCACCCUCCCGCCCCCGCCCGGCCCCGGCCCCUUCCCCGGCAGCGUCGAGCUCGACAAGAACGGCGCCGUCGUCGGCCACCCCCGUCCCCCCAACACCGCCCGCUCCAAGCACGCCCACGCCCACGCCGUGAUGACUAAUGGUCGCACGACCGCCCACGCCAAGGCCGCUCAGCACCAGCAGCACCCACAGCACCCACAGCCGCCGCCGCACCCGCACCCUCCCGCGCACCCCGCCGCGGCGAACGCCAAUCCCGCCGCCGUCGCCGCCGCCAAACAGCACCCGCAGCACGUGCACCCGCAUCCGCACGCGCACGCGCAGCCGGACGAGAGCGAGUUUGACGAGGAGGACGGGGACGAGGAGGAGUACGAGGAGGAGGACGAUUACGAGGACGAAGAGGAGGAGGAAGAGGAAGAGGAGGACGAGGAGGACGAGGAGGACGAGGCGGGCGGCGAGGAGGACGAAGACGCGCCGGUCGCUGCCAAGGGCGCCGCGCGCCGGUCUGCGGCUGCCAAUGCGCGCGGGCGCAGGGGCGCCGCGACGGCGGCUGCGGCGGCUGCGGGCGGAGGCGCGCCGAACGGGAAGGCAAACGGGCAGGGGGGGCUGUUUAAUUUUGGGAACAGCCUCGCGGUGACCGGUGAGUGCGCGCGCUUGUGUGUGUGUGUGUGUGCUGUGCGCGUGGGGCGCGGCUGA